AUGCAAGCAUCAAACAGAAAAAACAUCAAGACGCUCAGUAGUGCCUCAACUGCUUCUGAUACAGCAACAACAGAUGAUCAUGGAACGAAAGGAAAAAUUCAAGUUCAAGCACGUGAACCUGAAUCGUCUACCCGUAUAUUGUUGGGCGUCGUGACUGUUUCCUUAUUAGCUAUACCUAUAUGUUAUAUAUUAUCUCAUGUUACACAAAUGGAAAAUUCAUUCUAUGUUUUUCUUUGUGGUGUAGUUAUUUGUACGUCUGUCGCACCACUAACAUAUCAUUUAUUGAUUAAACGUAUACUUCACGUGAAAAGAGAAACAUAUUUUUAUGUGUUUACAAUAUUUUCAUUUACAGCCAUGGUUGAUCUUCUAUUAGCAUUAACAAUUGAUAAUUAUUCAUCAGCGUGUCAUUUUUAUCUAGAACAAGGUGAAGUGUAUUUGAAGACUUCUCACGGAUUAUUUAUUAAUUAUUGGGACGGUACCGUACAUUAUACACUGUACUUAAUUAUGUUGUAUUGUAUCCUAAAGAAACAAACAAACAAAAAAUUUUAUCGUUUUCUCUCAUUAUUUUGGUGUGGUUCUAUUUUGAACUCAAUGAUUGUUCUGCUUGGUGGGGCUGCUGCUGGCCAGUUUGGAACCCAUAUUAAACCGUCCUAUUUGUUGAAUAUACCUUAUGCGAUGUUUCCGUUGAUAUUUGUUAUACGUCGAUUCCGUGCGCGUACAGAUUUUAUUAAUCAACGACAACAAAAGAGAGGAAACAAAACGUAUACCAUUCCAAAAUCGUUAAUAUCGCGCCCUUUGGAUAUAUUUUUCAUCGCAUAUCUAUUAUUUGCAAUUAUAUUUGCAAUUUAUCGCGUAUUACAUGUUCUCCGUUCCCCGAUGAUGACUCAAAGUGUCUAUUACGAAUACGAACCCUAUAUGUUGAAUGCAUCAGGUUUUCCGUUGAUUCAACUGAUAACAUAUGCAUUCUAUUUUGUACCAUAUUAUUGUUCAACGAUCAACGCAUUGCUAUUCUAUAACCAGCAAUCAUCAAAAUUUCAAUGGUUGCCAGACUGGACUAUGGUGCAUGCGGGAGCGGCCGCUCAGGCACAAUUCUCUUACUUAUUUUCCUCAUUACACAGUCCUACAUUAUUCCCUGAUUCAUCUUGGUCUGCUGUUCCAUCUCAGUAUCGGUUCAUUAUCGUUGGCUUGAAUUCAAUUCUAGCUAUUGUACCACAACUAUUGGCGUUUCGUAUUUGUGGUGGUGUAAAAGAUCAGGAAUUUUAUUGA